AUGGAAACAAAUAAUUAUUUUAAAAUUAAAUAUUUGAUUGAAUCACUUUUAGUAUCAGAAUUAAAAGAUAAAUUAUUUGAAUUAAUUUUAACAAAUACUCCAAAAACAUUGGAUAUACGUUCACCAAAAAAGUAUGAAACAUUGUAUAGACAAAAUGAUCUACAAGGUUAUAGAGCUUUAACAAUAGCAGAAAAAUUAUUAUUACAAAUUGGUAACCAUGAAAAUUUUUCAUUUAAACUAAUUACAAAUAUCAUUUCAAUUUUACAAGUUAAAAAAGAAGUUAAAAAUGUUGUUGACUCUAUUAAAGAAUUUAAACAAUAUUUAAAUUUAAAUUUUGAUAAUAUAAAAGAUUUUAAAAUUAGUAUUGAAAAAUUUAAAGAAAUUAUAGAAAUGACAGUUAAAUUUCUAAAAAAAAUUAGGCUCAGUGGAGUGGUUUGUGUUGAUGAACAGAUUAUUCAACCGAUGAAUUCAAAUAGUGUGGAUGAUUAUUGGCUUUUACCACAUAAUAAAAAUCAAGUUAAUACAUUUAAAGAUAAUGGUAAUAAAUUAUUUAGUAGAGGUGAAUUUGAUAAAGCGAUUGAGAGUUAUUUAGGAGCAUUCACAUUAGGAGGUUUAUCAGAUAGUAUUAAAGGUAUACUAUAUUUAAAUAUCAGUACUUGUUUUUUAGCAAAAGUGAAUGAUCCAAAGAGAAUCAUUAAUCUUGUCGAACAAUAUCCAUUACCAAUUCACGAAUCAUUACGUUAUUCAAUCCUAUCAUUAUCAAAAAGACCAAACUGGUUUAAACCAUAUUAUAGAAUCGCUCAAAUUUUCAGUAAAUUCUCAAAAUUUGAAAGAUCAAUUCAAUUUUCUGAUUGUUCAUUAUCAUUAUUAUCUAAUAAUAAUGAAAAUCAAAAUGAUAAAUCAUCAAUUGAAGAAACUAAUAAAUUUAAAUUUGAAACUAAUGAAAAAUUAAAAUUAUCAAAUCAAUGUAAAUUGUCUGAUAAAGAAAGGGAUUUUGAAAAAGAAUGUAAAUUGAGAAUUGAAAAACUUGGUAACCUUCAUUUAAAUCAAUUUAAAGAAGUAUUAACUGAUAAAUUUAAAAUAUUAAUAAAGAAACAAACUGGGAAAAGUUAUGAAAAGUAUUUUAAUUCUUCGAUUACAUUCGGACUAUCUGAAAAACAUUUAAUUGAAAGAUUCAUUUCAGAUGUUGUUAGAUUAAGAACUUUUCCAAAUUUAGAUUUACAGGCAGAAGCUUUCAGUAGAUGUAUAGGUAACCAAACUAAAUAUGCUCAACCUUAUUUUGAAUUUGCAAAUUCAUUAAUACCUAGUAACCCAAAAGACUUUGAUAUUAGAAAUAAUCAAUUAAUAAUUGGUUUAAUGUUACACGCAUCAACAUUACCACCUAAUUUUGAUUUAAUAAAUAAUGGUAAUAGUGAUAACGAUGACGAAUUAUUUAAUAUACAUAAAAUUAAUGGUGGUGUAAUUAGAGCUCAAGAAUUUUUAGGAUAUGUUUAUCGUUCUGGUCUUUUUGGUGAAGAUAUUGAUUUAGAGAAAUCAAUUUACUAUUUUAAUAAAUCAAUUGAAAAUGCAGAUGGAAUUCAAGUAAAAUAUUUACAUAUUUCUGGCUAUCAAUGUUUAUCACCUUUUAUUUUAUCAGAUAUGUAUUAUAAUGGUGAUGUACCAAAUGGUGUUAGUGAUCUUGAAAAAGCAAAACAACUAUAUCAACUUUUCAAUGAUACAAAAUAUGAUUUAAUGCAACUAUUUGAUAAAUAUGAUGAAAAAAAUGAAACUGAUUUAUUAUAUCAUAAAUAUUUAUAUAUGAAAACUAAUGAACUUUAA